CUUUCUUUCAACUUUCAAGCCACCUUUAGGCUCUCUUCCUGACCAAAUUAAACCCCACACAAUCAUUCAAAUGGACUCCUUCACCAUCAUCAGCAACGUCCGAGACGUUACCUCUGUCCCCACCAACGAGGAGACCGGUGGAGGCCGUGGCAACGGUGCUUACUGUGUCGUCGCUUAAAAACAGCUAUAUUCACCACCGCACAUCAUCCUACAUGACCUGUUCGUAAAUCAUGUAUCGAUCACUGGAUUGGCGUUGUAUUUCUGUUCGAGUUGGGGGUGCAGAGUAGAUGAUUUGGAUGGCACGUCUAGAGGACUGCUCUUAAAGCACAGAUAAUCAUAAUUGCAGUGACAUAUUAAUAUGCUUUACUCAAAGAGGGAGAACGUUCGGAA